UUUUGUUAGUUUCAAUUACUAUUUCGCAAACCUGCAUGACUUGUUUCAACAUGGACAUCAUCAAAUGCAUCUAUCUCAUCUUGCUCCUAAUUUGGUCAAUAUUUUUCAUCAUCCUAUUCAUAACUCUCAUCAGAGAAUGGUUCUUCCCACAGCCCCGUUUUUUCGAAAGAUUUGAGGAUGAAGAGGAGCCAAGUCGUCCACAAGGAUUUGUAUCUCUUGACGUGGAGCAACUGGAGCAAAUGCAUGGGCUGGAAGUAUAUGCUGCCAACAAAGUGAUCAUAGACACUGUUCCACUUCUUCCUAUUUAAAACGAUCAACAUGCACCAUAUGUAUUCAUAAUUUGUAACAACGAUAAAAUUGAAAUACAGUAGUAUAGACUAUUUCUUUUUAGUAGCUCUCGAAUAACUUUUUUGUGGAUAAAUUUUAGCGUGCCCUUCCGUUUUG